AUGUUUUUUGCUCUUCUUCUCCAAGCAAUUGUAUUGCUGUGUCUGUUAGGAGCAAUCUGUGUCCAGGCUGAUUAUUCCUGGACCGGACCUGGCAACAAUGCGGAAAAUGCAGGCGUUGAUCCCUACACAACGUGUCUUAUGGACCAGGCGUCAUGUGGCUGCUGUCUGAUGCAGCAGCAGAUACACAGGAUGGAGAUGUUCUUUAACAUGAGCCUCAAUGAGAUGGAGAAGGAACUGAUAAAAACAAAGAUGGUCCGCAACAAUGUCAGAGCCAGCCGUAGUGCCUUUUCUGUCUCUCUAACCAAUGACAGCAAAUUUAACUGCUUUCGUGACGACAAGCUGAUCAUCUACAAACAAGUCUUCAUAAACCUGGGUAAUGGCUACAGUGAGACCGGUAUCUUCACUGUUCUAUGCUCUGGUGUCUACAGCCUCGCCCUCACUGUCUACAGUGACGCUGGUUCUCCUGGUAACACCUUGGCCACCUGCACCAGUCUGCAGGUUAACGGCCAGGUGGUGGCAGGAACCAGAGACAUAAACAUGAAAUAUCAAGAGGACAGCGCCACUAUUGUUGCGGCCAUCCAACUAAAGGUUGGGGACAAGGUGGCGGUGAACCUGCCCAUCAGAUGUUUCAUCUGCAAUGACAGCAGCCGUUAUAACACAUUCACUGGUUUCCAGCUGUAUGCUACUGACUUAGUUAGGAAAAUAUAG